GGAAUACCCUACCUGGCAACAGUGUGCCCAAUUGUUGUCAUUUCUGUGAGCUGAAUAACCUCUCAAUUCAAGUAAAACCGACAGAACAUACCCCAAUAUUUUGUGGUAAAACCACACUUUUUUUCUUGUGUGCAUAUUCCCAAAUUUUAAUCGAAAAUUACCUUCGCUUGUGUUCUAUAACGUUAGGCCUCGGUCGUGUUUUGAAUAAACCAUAUGCAGAUGCAGGUGUCAGACAUGGAGCGACGACUGCAGUCCAUAAAACUUCCAAGGGACUUAACUUUAGGGGGCACAAAGCCCAAGAAAGUAUUUCUCCCCAAUAUUCAUGCCACCAGAAACAAGGAAAAGAAAGAAUAUUUGAUUAACAAAACGGAAGGUCAGAAGAAAACAAACAACAGGGCAGACUUUCGAAAUAACAAGAAAGGGAUUGACCGGUCCGACAAAUUUAUCCAAUCCAGCGGAAUUUUCUCAGAUGGAAUGGGAAGUGAUGCCCUGAAGAAAGUUAAAUAUGAAAGAGCCUACGUUCCAAGGGACGACACAGCAACCAGAGUCCCUGUUAGUCUUCCCAAUAUCCAAACGAGCUGGCAGAUAGAUAAUAAAAGUGAGGCUAAUAUCUAUAAGGAACUAACGGACCAUAAUUCAGCAAGUACGGAUGAAGAGGAAAAGGUUGCAUUUAGGUCAAGAACUUGGAAUGAAAGUGACCUCAAGGAAAAGAAAGUUCUGAAAAGCAGUAAGAAUAAUAUUAAAAGUGAGUCAGUGCCAUCAGAUUUAAACAACUUGAAAACAGAAUUAAAUAAAAUACCGCAGGAAUUUAUCGAAAUUGACAAUGUUGACAACUUGAAACCGGGCUUAUCAUUGUGGAAAUUGCCAGAUUCGUUUUGCGGGAAAGGCUUCAGCGAUGACCCUAAUGUUAAAACCUUGGUUGACUAUAAAUUACCUGAUUUGCUAGAGGGUCAAAUAGGAAAAGUGAGAAUUUAUAAGUCCGGAAAAAUAAAUGUUCAAAUAGGAAGUAUUAAAUAUCAACUUGAAGCCUCUCAACUCGAUUCAUGUGCAGAGAAAAUUCUUGCCCUAGAUAGAAAAAAAGGGAAUGUAAACUGUAUGGUAUUAGGUCACGUUCAUAAUAGGUACAUGCUCAAUCCAGAUUGGACAUCCUUGCUUAAAGAUUUAUGAUCCAGGGAACAUUUUUAUUUAAUGAAAUUUUACGUUGUGAAGAAUUUGCCUUAAUGGCAAAGAUACUAACAAUGGAAGUGUUUCCAAAUUUACGCUACACCUUAUCAGGGAUUUUUUGUUUAUCUGUUUAAUUUACUCAAUAAUGUAUUUAAAUAAAUUAGUGAGUUUAUGGAAUAUUGUUCUCAAAUUAUAACUAAAAUAUAUAUAACGGUUUUGUUUCAAAGCACUGCAGUGUAUACUGCAGCACUUUGAAUAAUGGGAGCUUUAUAGGCCCUAUUAUUUAUUUUUUUCAAUAUCCAGCUUUCUGGCAGCAAAUGUAUGACUCACGAUGUAUUAUUAAUCAAAUUAUAUUUAGUAUUUACUUUUGGCUACGAAAUAAAUAAAGUUUACUUAUUACCUA